AAAGUGUAGGAAGCAAGAGUGGAAAGCAGCAACCGCCCCCUUCGUUUUCGAGCUCGCGGUUUUCGUUUUUGAGAAGAGAUAACGCUGCAGACGACAUGGCAGGAGUUACGGCACGAGUUAGUGUGAUGUUUGGGCACCUGCAGCGGCAAGCAGCCCGUCCAAGCCCGGCGCUUUGCACGACUGCGGCCAGCAAGAGAAGUUCGAGUUCAAGUUCGGCUGCAGGAGACGCCUGGUGGGCCAAACACUCCAGGAUCCCCGUCCUGGACUCAGAGAUGAGCUACUUCGACUCUGAUCCAGGUGCCGACAAGACAACAGUCAUCUUCCUGCACGGCAACCCCACCUCCUCCUUCCUGUGGAGGAACAUCAUCCCGCUGGUCCAGCCGCACGCCCGCUGUAUCGCCCCCGACCUCAUCGGUAUGGGCCGCUCCGGCAAGAACCCGUCGGGAUCCUACAGAUUCGUGGACCACUACCGCUACCUGAGCGCCUUCUUAGACAAGGUCAAAGUCCCCAGCCAGCUGUCCCUAGUGCUGCAUGACUGGGGUUCAGGUCUGGGUUUCCACUGGAGCCAUCAGAACCCUGCCAGGGUCCGCGGCAUCGCCUACAUGGAGGCUUUGGUGGCUCCUGUCAAGAAAUGGGAGCAUUUCCCUGACAUAUCCAGGAAGGUGUUUCAGGCGAUGAGAUCAGAGGGAGGAGAGGAGAUGGUCCUGAAGAAGAACUUCUUCGUCGAGCGCCUUCUCCCGAUGGCGGUCGUGCGCGAGCUGAGCGAAGACGAGAUGGCCGCGUACCGGGAACCGUUUCUCGAGCCGGGCGAGUCGCGACGCCCUACCCUCACCUGGCCGCGGGAGAUACCGGUGGUUUCCGAUGGACCCCAGGACGUGGUGGAAAUCGUGCAGGGGUACCGCGAGUGGUUAAAAGCCACGGACGACAUUCCGAAGCUGUACGUUCACGCCAAACCCGGCUUCUUCAGUUCUGCGAAUAAGAAAGUUUCAGAAGAGUGGCCUAACGUGAAGACUGUGACUGUGAAGGGGCUACACUUCAUACAGGAGGACUCUCCUCAGGAGAUUGGAGAAGCCAUUGCAGAGUUUGUGAAGGACAUGUAAAGAUUGGCUGUGAUCAGUUAAGGGGUGUGUUUAGACUCUGUUGGGCUUAGUUCACCUUUGCAAGUGUGGAAAAAAAUAGAUGAGUUUUUGCCACUCAUGAGUCACUGAUGAAAAGUAGUGGAUGCUACAUUGGUGAAGGUUAGAC